AUGUCCGGCGACGAUACUAGCUCGGUUGCCGUGGCAUUGCGCGUGCGUCCCCUCGUCAAAUCGGAGGUGGAACGCGGCUGCCGCAUUGCCCUCGAGCGCUCGGCGAACGGUUCUCCCCAGGUGUCCAUCAAUCGCGGCGAGUGCUACACAUACAACUAUGUCUUCGACAUCAAUGACACCCAGAAAGAUCUGUUCGAGUCGUGUGUUCAGGGAAAGCUGAAGAAGCUGCUCGAUGGCUAUAAUGUGACCAUCCUGGCGUAUGGCCAGACUGGCUCUGGCAAAACAUACACAAUGGGGACGGCCUUCAAUGGUGUCCUCGACGACGAUGUGGGCGUAAUUCCGCGGGCCGUCCAAGAUAUAUUUCUGUACAUUAACGAACUGAAGGACGAGUACAAGUUUAUCGUGACCUGUUCCUUUGUGGAGCUGUACCAGGAGCAGUUCUUUGAUCUCUUCUCGCCGAAUAAGCGCGACAAGGCCACCGUGGACCUUCGCGAACUACAGAAUCGCAUUGUAAUGCCCGGCCUCACCGAAUUGGAGGUCACUUCCGCCAGUGAGGUAACCGAUCAUCUAAUUCGUGGCUCUGCCGGUCGGGCUGUAGCAGCCACUGCAAUGAACGAGACCUCGUCCCGCUCUCAUGCCAUUUUCACGCUCACCGUGGUCUCCAGCAAGCUGGAUGGAAGUAAGGUGGUGACCACCUCCAAGUUCAAUCUCGUGGAUCUGGCUGGCUCUGAACGCUGCUCCAAGACACUGGCGAUUGGCGACCGCUUCAAGGAGGGGGUCAACAUCAAUAAAGGCCUGCUGGCCCUCGGCAACGUGAUCAACGCAUUGGGCUCCGGACAAACUGCCGGUUACAUACCGUACCGACAGUCAAAGCUGACGCGCCUGCUGCAGGACUCGCUGGGCGGAAACUCAAUCACAUUGAUGAUUGCCUGCGUCAGUCCAGCGGACUAUAACGUGUCCGAGACCCUAAGCACCCUGCGCUAUGCGGAUCGUGCAUUGCAGAUAAAAAACAAGCCAGUGGUUAACAUGGAUCCCCAUACGGCCGAGAUCAAUACGCUGAAAGACAUCAUACAGAAGCUGCGCGUAGAGCUGCUGGCCUUCGGCAAGAUGAGCAGCUCCAUUAAUUGUGCUGUGGGGGCGGCCGGACUCGAACCGCUGACAAACGGCGUUGAUGGUACGCCGGUGGCAGCCUCCGCGGCUUUUGCUGACCAACGUGGUCUUCAAGAUUUAGUCAAGACGCUGCAGGAAAAGAUCCGUAAGUUGCAGAAGGAGCUACACCAGGCCUUGAGCGACCUCACCGAGAAGGAGAUGCGGGCCCACAUAGCCGAGGCAGCCCAUGAUAAGCUCAAGACUUACAUGGUCCAGCUUAGGAGCAAGCUGCAAAAAAAGCUGAAAGCAGAUGGCGCCGAGACAUCGGACCCAUCGGAUGAUAUGCGAGAGAUCCGUCAGCUUGUGGAUCAGGUCGACGAGGAGCUUCAGCGCACCGAGAACGAGCUGCAGACCCAUGGACACGAAUCGAGAUCGAACCACAGAACAAAUGGGGAUGGUGAGGGCGAGGGCGACGGCAUGGGCGAUGAGGUGCACGAGCUGCUCAAUUCCCAGUCGGAGGACUACACGAACAAGCAGCUGGAUCUGGUCGGCGAACUGCGCACCAUCAAUCGCCAACUCGACCUCAAGCAGGAGCUGCACGAGCGCAUUUGUCGCAACUUCAGCAAGCUGGAGGACGACGAUGACGAUAAGGUGAAGCAGUCCAACCAGAAGAUCGACGAACUGGAAAGCGAGCGGCGUGACCUGCUCGACCAGCUGCGCAACAUCAAGAACAAGGAUGCCUCCGCCAAGCUUGCCGAAGAGCGGCGCAAGCGGCUGCAGCUGCUGGAGCAGGAGAUCACCGAAUUGCGGCGGAAGCUCAUCACACAGGCCAACAUGCUGAAGAUGCGCGAAAAGGAGCGCGAGAAGAUCAACAAUUUGAGCAGCGAAAUACGGGCCAUGAAGGAGUCCAAGGUGAAGCUCAUCCGGACGAUGCGAGGCGAGUCGGAGAAGUUCCGCCAGUGGCGGUCGGUGCGAGAGAAGGAGCUCACCCAGCUAAAGAGCAAGGACCGCAAAAUGCAGAGCGAAAUGGUGCGCCAGCAGACCCUGCACACCAAGCAGCGGCAGGUGCUGAAGCGCAAGUGUGAGGAGGCCCUGGCCGCCAAUAAGCGGCUGAAGGACGCCCUAGAUCGCCAGGCAUCGGCACAGCGUCAGCGCCAUGCCAAGGAUCACACGGGCGCUGCCAAGACAGACUCAUGGGUGGAUCGCGAACUGGAGAUCAUACUCUCACUGAUCGAUGCCGAGCACAGUCUCGAACAGCUCAUGGAGGACCGGGCCACUAUCAACAACCACUACAAUCAGGUGAAAGCUGGCGGGGAUCAAAAAGAACUGGCCAGCAUCGAGGAAGAGCUGGAGAUGCGCAACGCCCAGAUAGCCGAUCUCCAACAGAAGGUCUGCCUCAGCGAUUUAGACAAACGCAGCAAGGCCCUCGCCGAAGGCGUCCAGAGCAUCAGCGAAUCGCGGGCCGUCAGCAAGCAGCUGCUGAAGAGUCUCGUCCAGCAGCGGCGCCAGCAGGCGCACAGCUUCAACGAGCAGCGUACCGCCAUGGAUGAGCAGCGAUCCCAGCUGCAAGAGGCCCAGCAGCGGCUCGAGGACCUGGGCAAGCGGCUGCGCCAGACCGAGCAUCAGCACGAGGAGGAAAUGCUCGCCCAGCAGCGCGCCUACGAGGAAAAGGUGGCCGUUCUGCUGCGCACGGCGGCGACGCAUCAGCCCGCAAACGAGAACCAACAGAUUAUCGAGGAGCUGCUGAGCAGCCGCGAAGCACUUCAGCAGCAGUACGAUCGUCUGAAGUCGAGAAAUCAAAAGGUGCCCGCAAAAGAAAAGCAAAGUAAGGCGGCCCCAUCUGAAGAGAAUCUCAAUGCGAGCGUUCAGUUCCUCUCGGAGACCGUUGAAAUUGUGAGCGAUUCCAGCGAUGACCCCGACUGGGUUCCCCAGACUAACAAAGGGCGCUCCAAGAGAUCAUCGCAGUUGGUCAAUGACAGAACCGAACAGAGCAACACACUGGCCCAGGAGACGUCGACCAGCGAACAGCAGCCGGUCCUCCCCACAAAUAGCGAAGCCAAUGGGUCGAUCACUUCCCAGGACUCCGCCUCGGUCACGGAGGUGUCAAUGAAGUGCAAGUGCCGCACAAAAUGCAACUCAAAACGCUGCGGCUGCUUCACCGGCGGCCAGGGCUGUGCCGAGCAGUGCAGCUGCAAGGGCUCAUGCAAGAAUCCAAUGAACUGUAACGCGAAGCCACCGCCAUCACAAUCGCACAGGGCUGAUGUUAUUGUCGAGAUAAAGGAGGAACUGCCGCAACAGCAGGAGGACAAUGACAUGGCGGGCCAAGAUUCUACAUUUGCCUCGCAAGAGUCUGCGUCCACUGUCAAUGUGCUAUCGCCUACCAAGCGAUCGAUCGAUCAGAAUGCUGUUCCACCACCAUAUGGCAGGUCCCUUUCCACAGAUGAUUUCAGCGCCCCCAAGCUAGCCAGGUCAGAAAAACGAAGAAAACGACACAGCACCUGAAAAAUAUUCACUUUUCAAAUAAAAC